CUUCGAAGGCAACCCAACGGCUGGUCGUUAAUUUUAAUAUUUCCGUUUAAUUUUUGAAUCUUGCUAGCUAGAAGCAGCGGGUUGAUCAUCAUCCAGCCUUUGUAAACGAUGCACUCAACCCUACACAGAAGACCCAACAUUGUCAAGCUGAACAAAAAGAUAAUCGAAUAUGGAAAAAGGGGCCAAAUCGAAGAGGCCAUUAGAGUGUUCAGGGAAAUAACUCACCCCAACACCUUCACCUACAACUCCAUGAUUUCUUCAUACGCGAAAAAUGGCAGAUUAGAGCACGCCCGUCUUCUGUUUGAUAAUAUGCCGAACAGGAACUUGGUUUCUUGGAACACACUGCUCAAUGGGUACAUUUACAAUGACCGGAUUGAGUGUGCCCGUGAGCUGUUCGAGAGAAUGCCUCUGCGGGACCAUUUCACAUAUGCAUUGAUGAUAACUUGCUAUUCGCGUUAUGGAGCGAUUGAUAAGGCAAUGGACAUUUUUUAUCGACUUCCUGAUGCGACCAACGUUGCUUGUUGGAAUGCAAUGAUUACAGGUUUUGUGAAGAACGGGAGGUUGAGUGAAGCGAAGAAAUUGUUUGAUAGGAUGCCUAUUAGGAAUUUAGUGUCGUGGAAUUCAAUGCUUUUGGGUUAUACUCACAAUGGGGAAAUGGAAAUGGGGUUGAAGUUUUUCAAUGAGAUGGGCGAGAAGGAUGUUGUUUCAUGGAACCUAAUGGUGGGUGGAUUUGUUGAGGUGGGUGACUUGGAUUCUGCACGGGAGUUCUUUGAAAAGAUUCCUUGUCCAAAUGCAGUUUCAUGGGUCACGAUGUUGAGUGGAUAUGCGCAUUAUGGUUAUAUAUCGGAUGCUCGGAGGGUAUUUGAGAAAAUGACAGAAAAAAAUUUGGUUGCAUGGAAUGCAAUGCUGGCUGCCUAUGUCCAGAAUGGCCAUAUUGAUGAUGCUUGCAUUUUUUUUAAUGAAAUGCCAGAGAGAAAUGCAGUUUCUUAUACUACCAUGAUUAAUGGGUUUGUGCGCAUAGGAAAGCUUGACACAGCAAAUAGAUUGUUAGAUACUAUGCCAUGCAAAAAUGUGUGUGCUCAAACAGCGAUGAUUUCAGGAUAUAUACAACAUAACAUGAUAGAUGAAGGUCGUAAAAUCUUUGAUCAGAUGAGCUCUCGAGACAUUGCUUGUUGGAACACAAUGCUUGCAGGCUACACUCAAUGUGGGAUGAUGGAAGAAGCUUUCCAUCUAUUUCAGAAGAUGGAUCAAAAGAGUGUUGUUAUUUGGAACACCAUGAUUGCUGGGUAUGCUCAAGUGGGAAAGAUAGAAAAGGCUUUAGAGAUGUUAGAGAACAUGAAGGAAAGGAAUGUUGUUUCUUGGAACUCUCUAAUUUCAGGUUGUACACGAAAUGGUUUGUAUGUAGAUGCUCUCAAGUUGUUUGUUUCAAUGGAACACGACGGCAAGAAACCGGAUCAGUCUACAUUUUCUUCGGUAUUAAGUUCAUGCGCUAAUCUUUCUCUUGAAUAUCUUGGGAGGCAAUUUCACCAAGCAAUCAUGAGAAAUGUCGUGUCUUGGAAUUCUUUGAUUGCUGGCUAUGCUUUAAACGGAUAUGGAAAAGAAGCAGUCAAACUUUUCCAGGAUAUGGAAAGAUCUUCCGUCGUAUCACUUGGAUACCAUUGUAGAAGUUUCAGACAGCUGUGCUCAAAUCUAGAUGAUCCCACAUCUUUGAAAAUGGUGCUCCAUGACAUUGAGGGACUAUCUAUAUUCUAUAAUGUGGUAACAUACAGACCAUGGAGUUAUUCAAAAUCUGAGCGUCUAAUUUCGGAGCUUACUAACACUAGCGGCCUACACAGUGUGACCGACCCGAGCUGGAAUCAAGGUGCUAAUAAUGACAACAAUGACAAUGAUGAGAAGACGAAUCCAUGUAUUGCGAGUCGUGCGACUGCUGUUCACAUACCACAUCUUAAAUAUUAUCAGAACUUUUGCAGCAAUUGCCAAUUCAACCUCCGUAUCUAUCUGUCUUACAGGUUCUCAGAUUGAAAAUAAGGAGUACUGUCUACAAGAUUCACAACUUUUGUGCCUCCAUAAUUCCCUAACAGGUUGAGUUGGAUCUUUUUUGGAGUGACCGUAGUUGGGUUAUUGCUCUAUCCUCGAAAAGUUUUUCCAAGACUUACUUUCUUCCUUUCCAAAAUCUUCGAGCUUCUAGAUUAGACCAAACAACCAAAUUCUGAGCUGGAGAUAGAAAUAAGCGAUGUUGUUUAAAGCGAGAGGUCAAUUCCAAAGAAGAUUGUGGUCCGAGCACAAGAAGAAGAAGAUUGCGGUUCAAUUGGUGAGACAAUGGCCGAUGAUAAUUUUGAAGAUGAGAUGCCACAUUAGAAGGAAAUGAUAAAAGCAAACAACAAUAAGGUAAAAAGAAAGUUUGUUAAGAAGGAUCUACAACCUAAGGACGGGAGAGUGAACAACUAUUGUAGUGUGCAUGAAACUAUUUGUAGAGUGAAAAGUGUGUUAGCAGAGAAAAAUAUUGAGUUUGAGGUAACAUAAAUCAUUCCUAUUGCGAAGGAGCUUCAGGAUCAUU